AUGCAUAUUAAAAUCUUUGCCCCAACGUUUCCAUGGUUUGGAAUGGAUAUCGGUGGAACAUUGGUUAAACUGGUCUACUUUGAACCGAAGGACAUUACUGCAGAAGAGGAACAGGAGGAGGUGGAAAACCUGAAAAGCAUUAGGAAAUACUUGACCUCCAAUACAGCCUAUGGUAAAACUGGCAUUCGUGAUGUUCAUCUUGAACUGAAAAAUUUGACUAUGUGUGGACGCAAAGGAAACCUGCACUUCAUCCGCUUUCCCAGCUGUGCUAUGCACAGGUUCAUACAGAUGGGUAGUGAAAAGAACUUCUCCAGUUUGCACACUACGCUCUGUGCCACAGGAGGUGGAGCUUACAAGUUUGAGGAGGACUUUAGAACGAUUGCUGAUCUACAGCUCCAUAAACUGGAUGAAUUGGACUGUUUGAUCCAGGGCCUCCUUUAUGUUGAUUCUGUUGGUUUCAAUGGCCAACCGGAGUGCUAUUAUUUUGAAAAUCCUACAGAUCCUGAACAGUGCCAGAAAAAGCCUUACUGCCUUGAUAAUCCAUAUCCUAUGCUGCUGGUUAACAUAGGCUCAGGGGUCAGCAUCCUGGCUGUGUAUUCUAAGGACAACUAUAAGAGGGUCACAGGAUCCAGUCUUGGAGGAGGAACGUUCCUGGGCCUGUGCUGUCUGCUGACUGGCUGCGAGACGUUUGAAGAGGCACUAGAAAUGGCUGCGAAAGGAGACAGCACCAAUGUGGAUAAGCUGGUGAAAGAUAUUUAUGGAGGAGACUAUGAGCGGUUUGGCCUUCAAGGGUCUGCUGUAGCUUCAAGCUUUGGUCAUAUGAUGAGUAAAGAAAAGAGAGAUUCCAUCAGUAAAGAGGACUUAGCCAGAGCUACUUUGGUCACCAUCACCAACAACAUAGGUUCUAUUGCUCGCAUGUGUGCAUUGAAUGAGAACAUCGACAAGGUGGUAUUUGUUGGCAACUUUCUCAGAAUUAAUAUGAUUUCUAUGAAGGUGCUAGCAUAUGCUAUGGAUUAUUGGUCCAAGGGACAGCUGAAAGCUCUGUUUUUGGAACAUGAGGGUUAUUUUGGAGCUGUUGGGGCUCUUCUAGAAUUGCUUAAAAUGACAGAUGAUCAGUGAUGAAGCUAUCUGAAGAGAUUCCUACUGCAGAUGCUGCUGGAUAAGAGUGAAAGCCACUACAAGGAUGGAAAUGAAGCCAUUAUGGUAGUUAUACCUGCUGGAUUUGUAAAUAAUUUAAAAUCCUUUUAGCUGAUCUUUAACUUCUGGGUUUUGAGCUUAUACUUCAGACUUCAUACUGGGAAUAAUGAGGUGGGGUUUUUUUUCUGUACACUGUAUUUUUUAGGGGAAAAAAAUGUGCGAAGUGGCCAAACAAAACAGAUUUUAUGGGUUUAUUUUAAAAAGUGGAUACUGUUUAAUGUAGGACCUGUGAUAUGAGGCAUCUGCUUUUCUUCUGGGGUUUACUGAUUAGUGUGGUAAUCUUAACUUCAUUUAGUAAUCACUCUAGGAGAUUUUUUUAUCUUAUUUUCAUGACGUUUCAUGAUUUGUUCUUGGUUUCAAAUGAAACUACAAAGCUAAUGCAUUUUACUGUGAAAACUAGUCACUGAUUUUUUUUUUUUUUGCCUUUCCUCAUUAGAUGAGAAACUUUUAUUUAACAUCCUCUGCCCCC